GGAAACUUUUUCACAGACAACACAGACAUCACAGCAGACAUGGCCUCAGCCAGCAGCCUCCCAUGUGAAGAACAGUCUCUGUGUUCUAUCUGUCUGGAUGGGUUCACUCAGCCUGUCACUACUCCAUGUGGACACAACUACUGCAAGGCUUGUAUCACAGGGUACUGGGACAGCAGUGACCUGAUACAGUGCCCCCUCUGUAAGAAGAAGUUCCGCAGAAGACCACAGCUUCAGGUCAACACAGAGUUCAGAGAUAUGGUGGAGUGUUUCAACAACAUGAGGGUGAGGAGUGAAGAUCAAAUACUUGCAAAACCAGGGGAGGUUCCCUGUGACAUCUGCCUUGAGCUGAAGCUCAAAGCCCAGAAGACGUGCGUGGUGUGUUUGGCCUCAUACUGCCAGUCUCACCUGGAGCCUCAUCACAGAGUCACAACCUUUAAGAAGCACAAGCUGAUUGACCCUGUGUCAAACCUGGAGGACAGGGUGUGUAAGAGGCAUGGCAAGAUGUUCGAGCUCUUCUGUCACACAGACCAGAUGUGUGUUUGUUUCAUGUGCUUGAAAGACAACCAUGUGAUGCAUGAAGCCAUCCCGUUAGAGAAUGUGUUUCGAGACAGGAAAGCCCAGCUGGAGGAUGUGACGUCCGAAAUUAAAAUGAUGGAAGACACAAAAACCAGGAGUAUUGAGGAAAUCAAACACUCUGUUGAACAGAGGAAGAAAUACUUGGAUAAAGAGAUAGCAGAUAUUGAUGAGGUUUUUGCUGCUCUGGUGGCCUCUCUGCAAAGAAGUCAGUUCGAGCUGAUUGGCCUGAUCCAGGAGAAGCAGAGAGCAGCAGAGAAGCAGGCUGAAGACCAUGUGACACAACUGGAGCAAGAGCUCAAUGAGUUGCGGAGGAGAAGAUCCAAAAUGGAGAAACUCUUACAAACAGAGGAUGACAUCCACCUCCUGCAGAGCUGGUCAUCCCUUUAUGUCCCUGAACUACACAAGGACCUGUUCCACCCCCUGUCCCACUUCGCACCUCCAUUUACACACAAUCUCUCUGACAGCAGUCAACAGAGUCAUGUGGGAAUGGUUAAAAAAACUGUGGCUCAGAUGGAAAAGACACUCAGUAAUGAGAUGGAGAUGUUAAUUCAUGAGGUUAGGUUGUCUGAUGGCUGUGAGAGAGCUGAACAGCCUGAUGCAGCAGCAAUAACAGAUGAAUUUAUUACAGAAGUGUGGAAUCCACCGCAGGACGAGCUGAUGAUGAUCCAGCAGUGUUAUGCAGUGGAUGUGACUCUGGACGUCUACGCAGCCGAUUCCAAACUCAUGGUGUCUGAGAAUGGGAAGGAAGUGAGAUUACAGCAAAGCCGACUGAGGACGUUUUUUAAAGGUUUAUUUAGGGAAGGAUAUCAAGGUAUUCCUGUAGUCUUUGGGAAAGAUGGUUAUUCCUCAGGUAGGUUCUACUAUGAGGUUCGGGUCAGUGGGAGCACAGGUUGUAUGUUAACAGUGGUCAAAGAGUCCUUAAAAUAUGAGAUGACCCCCGACAUUGACAAGGUGGGCUGGAAACUUAUUGGACACAGUUUAGGUGAUGACUUUUGUGUUCAUACUGGUAACUCUGGUCCCCUGUUCGUGAGGCAAAGACUCCAGACAGUUGGUGUAUUUGUCGAUUAUGAGAAGGGAGAGGUCUCCUUCUAUGACGUGGACACCAGGACUCUGAUCUACUCUUACACAGGAUGUGCCUUCACUGAGACCGUACCAGCAGCGAAAGCCUUUCUCUACUCUAUGGCUGGCUUUCCCCUCAGUGGCAGACCAAAGCUUUACCCUGUUUUUAGUAUUUUUGGAGAGGACCCCAACAACGUACUCGUAAUCACUCCUGUAGGUCGUGCAACUUAAAGUGCCACAUACAUCAAAGGAAACCAAUGCGUAACUUCUACUGAAACUGUUGUUUCUCCUCUCAGAUCAUUUAGUCACACAUCAGCUCUGUUUGUUAGUAAUGGGGCAUAUACAUUAAUGGAUUUUAUAGAAUUGUGUUUCUUGCAGCACAGACCAGUUAACAGGAAAUAGUAGAAUAUACUGUAUAUAUAGUAUAUCAGAAAAACUUCCCUGCAGGGAAGAGGGAAAGUAAAGCAGUAAAUAAGUAAAACAAAAAAAAACUACUAUAUUAUAGUUAUAAUAAUAAAUACAAUGUGCAAUGUGUGAGGUAAAAUCAACAGGCCUCUCCUGUCUCCUCCGUUUUAACUAAACAAAGCAGGUAAGAUCACUUAUUUGGCAGUUGGUGAUGAGGUUCAUUUGCAGUCUGUAAGAAAGGUACAAGAUAAGUCAUACACGGUACAUACAUAUUGCAAUACUCAUAUUUGACCACAAUGUGGCACCAUUGUUUAACCAACACUCUGGUCUGUUGUCUCAUGGCUUACAUUGUCCGUGGGGAUGCACCAAAUUUCCAGUUUGCUGAACAUCCACUUUGUACUCAACUCAUGCUUUAGUUUCAAUAAUCUUGUUUGUCAGUUAUUUCUUUGAAUUUUGAGCAGUGUGUUUAAAAUGUUAACUGGGACAUUGUACUUUCAUAGACAUUAUUUUAUGUUUUGAUCACUUCAUGUGGAAACCUUUAACUUCAGGGUCCAUAAUUCACUCAUCUCUUUAAUGUUAUCUUUUGUUGUAUACUAAGACAUCCACCUGGCGUGCUUGGCCAAAACAUAUCUGAUAAAUAAAGUUCAAAACCAAGUGUUUGUUGUUUAAGUGAUAUGUAUUUUUUUGCUUAAUAAA